CGUCAAGGAAAGACCAACGAACCUCCGCAUAUAGCCAACGAGAAUGCGCCACUGUAAACAUGUAUAGGCAGUUCUUUAACGCGUCUUCCAUUGCAUGGGAUAGGCCUAAACAAUCCUGACAGAAAACAUCACGUCCUCAAACCAGUCACGUGCGCCGAAGACCAGAAGCAUGCCGAAACAAGAUUCCCUAUUCUACGACGCAGUGGCGGAGGCGGAUAACCCCGCCAUGCUGGCGGUGGACUUCCAUCACCCAUAUACACCAUAUUCCAUUCAAGAAGACUUUAUGCAGACGGUCUAUUCCGUCCUCGAGCGCGGCGACUCCAGCGUCGGGAUCCUCGAAUCGCCAACAGGGACGGGAAAAUCCCUAUCGCUCAUCUGUGCCUCAUUGACAUGGCUGAGGGAAUACAAGCGCCAAUGCUUUGAAGAGUGGAUGAAGAUGGAUAGCAACGAGGAAGACGAGCCUGAGUGGGUUAUUGAGGCCGCCAAGGCGCGGAAGAGGAAAGAGCUGCUAAGACAUCGGGAGGAUAUGGAGAAGAGGCUCGAGAAUGCGCGGAAGAAAGAGGCGGCGAUGAAAAAAAGGAUGUUGGGGGAAAGUAAAGGCGGGAAGAGGAGGAGAGUUGAAGAAGGUGGUCUGGGGAUGGAGAAACUGGAUGAUGAGGAGCAGUUCGCGCUUGAUGACUAUGAGAGCGAUAGGAAAGCAGACGGUGCUUCGAAGUCGGGAAGUGCGGCGGGUGGGCUUUCGGCGGAGACGCUGGCGUUGAUGGAUAAACUUGGGGUGGGUUAUGGGAAGGCGAGGGAAGAGGAGGAGGAGGAAGUCGAUGAGGAGAUUAAGAUCUUUUACUGCUCGCGCACGCAUUCUCAACUGACGCAGUUCAUAAACGAGUUACGCCGUGUUAAGAUUCCGCCUGCUCUGCAACCGGAACCUGCGCCCGUUAAGCCAUUACUGGGAGAGGAAUUCAAACACCUGACGUUGGGAUCCAGGAAGAACCUCUGUAUCAACCCAUCAGUCAACAAGCUGCGAUCGGCGACGGCGAUUAACGAGCGGUGUAUGGAACUACAGCAAUCCGGCACAGCAACAGAUAAGAAAUGCUGCUUUCUCCCCAACCAACAGAACCAACCUCUUGUCAACGACUUCCGCGACCACGCACUCGCAACGAUACGUGAUAUCGAGGAACUAGGGGACCUAGGCAAGGAGAUGAAGAUAUGCCCCUACUACGCUUCACGAUCCGCCAUCAAACCCGCGGAGAUAGUGACACUACCAUAUCCAUUACUGCUCCAAAAGAGCGCGCGAGAAGCGCUGGGGGUGAGCGUCAAGGGUCACGUUGUGAUCGUGGACGAGGCGCACAAUCUCAUGGAUGCUAUUGCCGGGAUAUACGGGAUCACAGUUUCGCUAAGCCAGUUGAAGCGGUCAAGAGCGCAGAUUGGGCAGUAUCUGCAGAGAUUCAGGAAUAAACUCAAGGGAAAGAAUAGGGUGUAUGUGGCGCAGGUUGUGAGGUUGAUUGAUUCGUUAGCGCAGUUUCUUGAUGGGAAGGUUGGUCAGAAGGGGGAGAUGGUUGUGGAACCGAGUGAGCUGUUGGUGGGGAAGGGGGUGGAUCAGAUUAAUCUCUAUAAGCUGAUGAGAUACUUGCAGGAUUCUAAGCUUGCUAGGAAGGUUGAGGGAUAUAUCAUUUUCGCGGAAGGUGCUGCUGCGGAUAACGGCAAUCCAGCUGCGAAGGCAAGGAAGCCAGAUGCAACAUCUGAAGCAGCAACACCAACGCUGCAACAUAUACAAUCCCUACUGGUAGCGCUCACGAACCCAUCCAAGGAGGGAAGACUCUUCUAUGCCAAAGACCCAGAAACUUCCGACAUCGUCCUCAAAUACAUGCUCCUCGACCCUACCCACCACUUCCAAGAGAUCGUCUCCGAAGCCCGAGCUGUGAUCCUCGCAGGCGGAACCAUGUCUCCCAUGGCAGACUACACGUCUCACCUACUAUCCUAUUUACCAGCAGAGCGAAUCACGACUCUCAGCUGUGGGCAUGUCAUCCCCAAGGAAAACCUGCUUGCUUGGACUUUAUCAAAAGGGCCUACUGGGAAACCAUUCGAGUUUACAUUCAGCAAACGCGCGGGCCGCGAGGGGGAGGAGAUGAUAGAUGAACUCGGCCGCGCUGUGCUGAAUAUCUGCACCAUCGUCCCCGACGGCAUUGUUGUUUUCUUCCCCAGCUACUCCUACCUAGACACUGUGAUCAAGCGAUGGGAGGUUAUUCUUGAACCCGGCAGGCCUAGCAUCUGGGAGAGGCUAGGCAAGAGGAAGGCGCUAUUUAGGGAAGCUAAAGAUGCUAAAGUCGGAGCGGAAUACGUGCUCACUGAAUAUGCUAAGGCUAUUGAUGGGAAUCAAGGCGGAUUACUCCUCAGUGUUGUGGGAGGGAAAAUGAGCGAGGGUAUUAAUUUCAGCGAUCGUCUCGGGCGCUGCGUUGUCAUCGUUGGACUACCAUACCCCAACAUAAUGAGCGGGGAAUGGAAAGCGAAGAUGUCCUAUAUCGAGACUGCGACAAUCGAACGUCUAGAAGCCGCUGGUGAAGGCACCACAUCCAGUCGACAAGCUGCUGGGAAGGCAGAGGCGAGGGAGUUUUACGAGAACGCAUGUAUGAGGGCUGUUAAUCAGAGUGUGGGCCGCGCAAUUAGGCAUAAGAAUGAUUUUGCGUCUAUUAUCAUAGUGGAUGGGCGGUUUGGAAAGGAGGGGAUUAGGAGGAAGUUGCCAGGAUGGAUUCGAGAUGGGUUGGUGGAGGGGUGUGAGGGGAGGGGGUUUGGGGAGUUGAUGGGGGGGCUUGGAACGUUUUUUAGGGGUAAGAAGGUGCCCUAG